UUUGUUUUGUCGAAAUAUAUUUAAUUUAAGAAACUAAACACAAACUUGGGGUCUUUGAAGACCAAACACUGGACGGAAAUAUGAAAUUAUUCCUUGUUUAUAUUAUCUGGAAGGCCCAGCAUAAACUAUCCCACUUUAUGGAACCCGCUUUUAUAUAAGAUGAGAUGGCAACUGAAAAUAAACUUUUAAAGUGACUGGAUCUGUUAUGCCUUCCAAUGUUCGAAUCUCUUUACGCUGAUCAGUUCCCUCUCUUUCCAGAUAACCCCAGUGGCCUCUGGCCAUAUCAGCUGCUGUAGUUGCCUCUCUGUUUUCCGAUCGCUACUGGGGCAGUCGAUAGCUUCAUCGAGCUCCGGCAGCAUGUCGGAUACUGGUUGGACGACAGUGUUCCUGUGGCUGCUAGUGGCGAGUGCUUCCAGCUAUGGAGAGGAUGCUCCCACAACAUUCCAACGCAUCUACCAAACGGAGCAGACCCUAAGACAAUCCAAGUCCCAUGAGAUGCGCGGCUAUAUGAACCAGAACAUCGAUCCGUGCGUGGAUUUCUAUCACUUCGCCUGCGGCAACUGGAAGCACAAGUGGACGCCGCAGGAGAAACUGGAGCAGCAGGUGGAACGGGAACUGCUCCUGCUACUGGAGGACUCGGUCAAGCGAGAGGAUAGCCCCAUAGCCCGACAGGCCAAGGAGUUCUACAAGUCCUGCAUUGCGGCCCAGGGCCAGCAGAGCCAACAGCAGCAGCAGUUCCUCAGCGACUUCAUUCAGCAGAAUGGGGGGUUCCCCGCCAUUCCGGGCUCCCACUGGGAGGUGCAUCACCACGACUACGAUUGGCUGAGGAUCGUUGGAGGACUGCGGCAGCGAUACGGCAUGGACAUCCUGAUUGGACUGCGCGUGGGCUACAACUACGCCAAAGUGCAAGAGAACAGCCUGUACCUGAGCGAGCCGAGCACUGUGAUUCCACGGGAUCUGUGCACCUGGAAUCGGUCAGACAUUCGGGACGCUGUCUAUGAACCACUAGAACAUCGGAUAGCUGCGGAACUAAAGACCUGGCUGGCUCUGGGAAAUGACCAAUCCGCUCGCCUAGCUGCCGAUCUUCUGAGUUUCGAGCACGAGCUGUGCGGCGGCAUGCGGAACGACACCUCCGAACUCUGGGACGCAGAGUGGGAACUCUACCAGGCCAACUACACCCGCAACACGCUCUCCGCCUUCUCCCAACUGUAUGGACUAAACCUGGACUCGUAUGUGACGGCCAGCUACGGCCAGAGCAUCGUGAAGCCAGUCUACAUGGCCGCUCCGGAAUACUUCCGGCAACUGCACCGGACAGUGGCCGCCCACAACAUGAGCCUGGUGGCCAACUACAUCAUGUACAGAGCUGUGGCGGCUUUGAACUUCCCUCUCGAGGAUCGACCACACUUGCGGAAGACGGAGUGUCUCAAACGAACCAAGGAGCUGCUACCCUCGGCCCUGGGAGAGCUCUACGCCCGUCAGUAUAGCGCCGAGGAAACCAGACCGGAUCUGGAGCAGCUCUACAAGGGAUUGCAGGAAGCGCUGCGACAGAGCUUGAACGCAGCGUGGUUGACGGAGGGAACUCGCCGCAUCGGUGAUCACAAGCUCUUCGGCUUGAAACUGACACUGCCCAACUACGAGCGGGCACCGAUCCUGAAGCUACAACUGGAGCGGGCCAACUACUGGAACAAUCUCCGCCAGCUCUUGGGCGCUGUGCAUUCCCAGCGAUCGAGCCUGCUCUUCGAGGAAAUGAACAUCACUCCCUCUGAUCCGGUGGAGGCUUUCGAGGCACGGGUGCGUCUCCGGACUGUGCAGAGACGAGUUGACAUGGGAUUGGCUUUGUUGCAACCUCCGGCCUAUGACAGACAUUACGGGCGCGCCCAUGCCUAUGCCACCUUGGGCUUCAAGUUGGCCCAGCAGCUGGUAAUGGCUUUCGACGAUCCGCACUGGUCAAAGGGUCUGCUGGAGCAGGACCAUUGGGAUGGCCACACCGUCUGGAUGUAUCACAACAAGACCGAUUGCUUCAUCCGCCAAGUGGACAGCUAUCUGAGGGCCAAUGCAAGUGCCGCCAGGCAGCUGAUCACUGACAGUGCAGCGCUGAGCGUGGCCUUCAGAGCCUACCUGUUCUGGCUGAGGUUCAAGGAGCCCAACAACGACUUCAACAUUCUGAACACGGAGACCCUGCCCGGACUGGAUUUCUCAAACACGGGCCUCUUUUUCGUGGCCUUUGCCCAGGAGCUUUGCCGCCCCGAGCAAGAAAGCCCGGAGGAGGAGCAGACCAUGCCGGAGGGCUUUCGGUAUAGCGCCAAACAGAAUCACACCUGGGAGCGAUUGCGGGUGAAUGGGCCCUUGAGGAAUCUGGCGGAGUUUGCCAAAGAGUUCAGGUGUCCCAUUGGAUCACCAAUGAAUCCUGCCAACAAGUGCAGUACAUAUUAGAAUCUACAGGCAUGUUUUGUUAAUAAAAGACUACUAUAUUUUAGUUAAAACAAGUG